AUGGAUACACCCUGCAACCUUCUCCAGCACCUCGUCCGUACCGAAGAAUCAGAGUUCAAGGGCAUGAUUCGUCAUGUACCCAACCAGAACCAAACUCUCCCAUCCAUUACGUCCAUCUCCAACCAGCCACGAGAUCUGCCUUCGUCUCUAGGCCAAUUGGAUCUUCUCCCGGCAGAACUUCUUCUCUCUGUCCUUGAGCUUCUCGAUUUCCAGUCUCUGUCCCGCCUGUCGCGGGUUUCUCUUCUGGGAAAGGAUGUCAUCGAGGAUUUGCCCGUCUAUAGGGAAAUGGUUCAGCAUGCUCCAGAGACGCUGGUCGCUUUGGGACAGACACAUCUGCUGAGCUACCAUCCAGCUACUUUGCUUCACUCCACUCUGCGGAAGAACACAUGUGUUUCGUGCUUUGCUUUUGGCGCGUUUCUCUUCCUGCCAACAUGUGAGAGAGUUUGCUUUGAGUGCCUAUAUGAGAACCAGGCUCUCCGGAUGACGUCUCCAGCUAUGGCGAAGCAGUGCUUUGGCCUUACAGACCACGAUCUAGAGCGCAUUCCUGUUAUGCACAGUGUCCCUGGGACAUUCGGUUUGAGGUUCCAGUUCACGCACAAGCAAGUUGAGCGCCUGGUGAGUAUCAAGCAGGCAAAGCAGCUCGCCCUGGAGAUACACGGCUCAGCCAAGAAGCUAGCCCAGUUGAGACCAACAUAUUGCCCUGGCAGAACUUCAAUGAAGGACGCUGCCGUAUUCAGACAUUUCCACGAAGCGUCCCUGGAUCCCCCAGGCUGUGACCUAUCAAGACUGCCGAGAAAGGCCGAGGUAGUGGAAGAUGACUUUGGCGGAAUGGCCUCCAUUCGAUUUCCAUAUCUAUCAGCUACUGGAGCUGAGAAGGGCGUUCUGUGUCAGGGAUGUCUUGUUACGUAUAGCCACUACAUGCAAGGCAUGCUCCCCCAGAGUACGCUUAUGGAGCUUGUACCAGCAGAUGUUGGACCCUACCGCCCAUUCCUUGCACUGUUGACUCGUCUAUGGUCUAUGGAAGGGUUUCUCGAGCACGCACAGCAGUGUUACGGCGUGCGUCGCAUUGUGGGACAAUGA